AUGAUUCAAACGUUGCAUGAGGCCCAUUCGGAUCAUCCGGAUGCGGAGACGGACCAGGAGGACUACUCCGGUGGGGAGGAGACAAAUUUGCUAGAUAUAACGUGUCGACUGUGCGGAAUCGUCUUUAGCAAAUGGUGCCAGGGAUUGCUGGUGGAUUUCCGGCCGCAUUCCGUGGUCAUUGGAAAGUGUUUGCCGUUCGUCAAUUUGGAGCUGGUCCAUUUUCCUUCGAAAGUUUGUGGCCACUGUCUGAAGGUCAUCAACGGGUUCUCUGCGUUUUAUGACAGCGUUCAACGGGCUCAGGUUGAUCUGGAGCUGAAGUACAACAAUCGAGUGGAUGAGCAUGAUCCGGUCGAUGAGCAGAUUUUUGAAGCGCCCAAGAUACGAAUCAAGCAGGAACCGAUGGUCAACAUCAAGGAGGAGGCAAUCGAAUCAAACAGUCGAAUCCGCGAGAAUCCACUUCCGGAAACUCCGGAAAAUACUCUCAUAAUCAAAAAUCCAAACGUUGCCAGUGAUAACAACAAAAUUCUGGUGUUUAAAAAUCAGAGCACUGAAAAUCAAAACACGAAGCCAAUGCCAAAAAACUGUGAAAUUUUGGAGAUCGUCAACCUCUACCCUCCAAUUGUGGACAUCACGAGCGCUACCAUUCGUGAAGUUCAACCUUACGAAAUCACUCUCCCUUCAAUAUCAAAUGCUCCAGCUUUUCAAUCAGCACCUCCCCAAAUCAUCAACCUUAAAACGGAAAACACGGCAGAUUUCGAGGAAGAAUACGAAGACUACUCCGGAUAUUACGACUUUCAGCUGGCACUGAACACGCUCGAUGAACACAGCUAUUCCAAGCUCCCAAUCCAAGCGGACGAUAACAAGGACGAAAUCUUCCCCCACCUUCCGGAACCAAUGGAUCCCAUUCAGCUGGGAGAAUCCGGCACUGUCCAAGUCAUCCACGUGGAACUUCCACUCGUGACCUUCUCGUGCCAAUCCUGCCACCAUAACUUCCCAACCCGACUGAAGCUGCUUCGCCACCGAACCUUCUACUGUCCGUCGCGGAAGCGACCCCACUUCCGGUGCGUCUACUGUGCGAAAAAGUUCCCCAUCCGAACCCAACUCCAAAUCCAUCUGGCCGCCUGCCAUCGAAGGACCGCCCGGCGGAAGCACCUCGCUUCCAAAGCGAGUGCCGUCAAAAACGCUGUCCGACAGGCAAGCAACAGCCAACACGAGCCGCAAGCGACGACCCACCCCAAAACCUACACCUGUGAUAUGUGCGACCGGACGUACUCGCGGAUGUCGAACCUGCGGCGGCACCAGCUCAGCCACCGGCCGAUGGAACAGUGGAACCACAAGUGUGGCGUCUGUCAGAAGAUCUUCGACAAGCUUUUCGACCUAAAGAAGCACUUUCAGCUGAGCAAGUGCGCUGGCAGUAGUGGCGGGGAUGGCGGGUACGUGCUGCCGGCGAGGAGUGGUGAGGAAGCGGGGACGGUUCCGGCGCCGGAAGGCGCACUGGAUCGACUGUUGUACGUGUGUUCGACGUGCAAUAAGCAGUUCAAGAGUUAUAACAGCUUGAAGGUGCACGAAAGUAUUCACACGGGACUGAAGGCGUACAUCUGCGAGACCUGUGGGAAGCGGUUCGGAGGGCAGAUGAACCUGACCCAGCAUCGGUUGACGCACACGGAGCUGAGGCAGUUUGUGUGCAAGUUGUGCCCGAAGGUUUUCAAACGGAGCGGUGGUCUGAGCCAGCAUGUCAAAUCGUUCCACAUGAAAAUCAAACCCUACCAGUGUCCGGUUUGUUUCCGGGAUUUCGCGCUCAAGGCCGAUAUGACCCGGUGUCGUCACUCGAAGCUGAAGGAGAAUGGAUAA